AUGGCCAACGCUCCUCAUGGUGGUGUCCUGAAGGACUUGCUCGUUCGCGAUGCUCCCAUUGCUGCCCAGCUCCGUGUCGAGGCAGACACGCUCCCUGAGCUCAUCCUCACUGAGCGACAGCUUUGCGAUGUGGAACUGAUCAUCAACGGUGGUUUCUCCCCCCUCGAAGGUUUCAUGGACCAGGCCGACUACAAUGAUUGUCUCGACAAGCUUCGAUUGAGGGAUGGCAACCUCUUCCCCAUGCCCAUUACUCUUGAUGUUGAUCAGCAGCAGAUCGAUAGCCUUGGUAUCCAGCAAGGUGCCCGUAUCGUUCUCCGGGACCCGCGCGAUGACAACGCAAUUGCCAUCAUCACGGUCGCCGACGUCUAUGCGGUCGACAAGGUUCGUGAGGCGAAAUCGGUGUUUGGCUCGGACGACCUUGCUCAUCCUGCGGUGACCUACCUGCACAAAUCCGUCAAGCAGUUCUACGUCGGUGGUCAAGUGCAGGCGAUCUCGAAGCCGGCUUACUACGACUAUGUCGCUAUCCGCUACACGCCUGCUGAGCUGCGACAGCAUUUUGCCAAGAUCGCUUGGCGCAAGGUUGUUGCCUUCCAGACUCGUAACCCUAUGCACCGUGCUCAUCGUGAGCUUACUGUGCGCGCUGCUCGUCAGCGUCAGGCUAAUGUUCUUAUCCACCCUGUUGUUGGUAUGACCAAGCCGGGUGAUGUUGACCACUAUACGCGUGUUCGCGUUUACCAGUCGUUGAUGCCUCGAUACCCGAACGGUAUGGCGACGCUUGCUCUUCUUCCCCUUGCCAUGCGUAUGGGUGGACCUCGUGAGGCUCUCUGGCACGCCAUCAUCCGCAAGAACUUUGGCGUUACCCACUUCAUCGUCGGUCGUGACCAUGCCGGUCCUGGUAAAGACUCGAGCGGCAAAGACUUUUACGGUGCUUACGAUGCUCAAAGUCUCGUUACCAAGUACACUGAAGAACUCGGGAUCGAAAUGGUUCCUUUCCAGCAAAUGACUUACAUUCCAUCGACGGACGAAUACCAAGCUGUGGAUCAAGUUACGCCUGGAACGCAAACCAUGGAUAUUUCCGGUACUGAACUUCGUCGUCGACUCCGUACGGGCGCAGCGAUUCCCGAUUGGUUCUCCUACGAAUCGGUUGUAAAAACCUUGCGGGAAUCCUACCCUCCCAAAGCCAAACAAGGCUUCACCCUCUUGCUUACCGGCCUUGACAAUUCUGGCAAAGACCAAAUCGCUCGAGCUGUUCAAGUGAAACUCAACGAACAAGGAGGACGUUCGGUUUCUCUGCUCCUCGGUGAAACGGUUCGAUCCGAGCUUUCUUCCGAGUUGGGCUUCUCACCUGAAGAUCGAGCGAAGAACAUUCAAAGGAUCGCCUUUGUUGCUGCCGAACUCACCCGUGCAGGAGCAGCGGUUAUCGCCGCUCCCAUCGCUCCCUACCAAAAGUCGAGAGAUGCUGCGAGAGAUACAAUCACCAAAACAGGUGGUGCAGGUAACUUUUUCUUGAUCCACGUAGCCACUCCACUCGAGUUCUGCGAACAAACCGACAGGAAGGGUAACUAUGCCAAGGCUAGAGCCGGUCACAUCAAAGGUUUCACUGGCGUCGACGAUGUAUAUGAAGAACCGACCGAUGCUGAUCUCGUGGUGGAUAUCAGUAGACAGAGUGUAGCUGAAAUCACUCAUUCCAUCAUCUUGCUUCUUGAGGCUCAGUCGUUGAUCUAA